AUGGCGGAGGCCGUGGAGCGAUCGUACAUUAUGAUCAAGCCCGACGGCGUGCAGCGAGGCUUGGUGGGUGAUAUCAUCACUCGGUUCGAGCGGAAGGGUUUUGUCCUCCGUGGACUGAAGCUGUUCCAAUGCCCUGAAGAGCUCGCUAAGGAGCACUACAAGGAGCUAUCUGAGAAGCCGUUCUAUGGCAAGCUGGUUGAGUACAUCAUCUCAGGCCCAGUUGUUGCCAUGGUAUGGGAAGGCAAGGGAGUGGUGGCUUCAGCCCGCAAGCUGAUUGGCGCCACCAACCCCUUGGCUGCGGAGCCAGGCACCAUCCGCGGUGACUUUGCUGUGGAAGUUGGCAGGAAUGUUGUCCACGGCAGUGACAGCAUCGAGAAUGGCGAGCGCGAAAUUGGGCUCUGGUUUAAGGAGGGCGAGCUGUGCGACUGGGAACCUGUUUCAACCCCCUGGUUGAGGGAGUGA